UUAUGGCAGAAUGUGGGGCACCCCGGGCACGGGGGCGCGCAGCAUCCGUCCCUACCAGUCCAGCGGGCAGUACCUGUACGCCAUGAAGGAGGACCUGGCAGAGUGGCUGAAGGAGCUCUAUGGCCUUGACAUCGAGGUGGGCACCUUCCUGGAGGUGCUGGAGACAGGGGCUGUGCUGUGCUCCCACGCCAACCACGUCACCCAGGUGGCCGGGGAGUUCGCCCGCGCCUGCCCCGAGGUGGCCCAGCACCUCCACCUGCCCUCUGCCGGUGUCACCUGCAACCUCACAGCACAGCCCGGCACCUUCCAGGCCAGGGACAACGUCUCCAACUUCAUCCAGUGGUGCAGGAAGGAGAUGGAUAUCAAAGACGUGCUGAUGUUCGAGACAGAGGACCUGGUGCUGAGGAAGAACGAGAAGAACUUUGUGCUGUGCCUGCUGGAGCUGGCACGCCACGCCUCCCGCUUCGGAAUGCGCGCCCCGACCCUGGUGCAGAUGGAGGAGGAGAUCGAGGAGGAGCUUCGGCAGGAGCUGGACCUGCCUCCCUCAGAGCCCGCCCUGCCCAGGGCCCCCAGGAGGGCACGGGACCUCCACAACCUCGACCAGAUGGUGCAGCACCUGGUGAGCCGCUGUACCUGCCCUGUGCAGUUCCCCAUGGUCAAGAUCUCCGAAGGGAAAUACCGAGUGGGGGACUCUGACACCCUCAUCUUUGUCCGGAUCCUGCGGGAGCACGUCAUGGUGCGGGUCGGGGGCGGCUGGGACACGCUGGAGCAUUACCUGGACAAGCACGACCCGUGUCGCUGCACCUCGCUCUCUCACAAACAAGCCUGGAAAGCCCGGAGCCCGCAGCAGCAAGUGCAGCACGAGGUGCAGCUGUGCCCGGCUGCCCGCAGCCCCCAGCCCGCGCUGCUGGUCAGCCGCUCCCAGAGCCCCCUGCCCCCCGUCACCUGGGGGGGCCGUGUCCCCCCUGGACCCCGGGCCCCUGCCACCCCCUCGCCAGAGGGCUCGGGUCGCCAGCCGGGUGCCAGCCCUCACCCGGAGCCGGCAGAGCCCCGGAGGGUCCCUUCGGGCAGGAUGCGGGAGCCACCCGCUGUCCCCUUGGGGAGGCAGCCGCCACCAUCCCGCUCACCUGCUCGAUCCAGCUCCCCUGGGCACGGGGCGAGGGGCCGGGCACCCACCCCCUCCCGGCUGAGCUUCCCGAACGGCGCGGGGGUCCCCAGGGCACCGCAAGGGACCAGCCCGGCGACAUCCACCCCUGUGGCACCGGCACGGGGCAGGUCCGCAGCUCCCAGCCCACGGACGGCACCGGCACCUCCGAGGAGCACCCAGCAAGGAGGAAAAUCAUCUGUGCUGGCUGCCAGGCCACAGGAAACGGGGACACCCACCACAGCCACACCCCGAGCCCCCAGUCCCUUAAAAGUCCGUGCCCCCAGCCCCCUAAAGGUCUGCGCCCCCUCCUCGCACCGGGAUGCUCCUGGAGACUCCCGGAGCCUGAAGAGCCCACGGGAAGGGAGGCAGGGAGCCCUUGGCCGGGGCCGACAGCCCUCACCCCGAAAUUCCUGCAGCCAAACCCCGAAACCGGACAGCAGCGUUAAACCCCCCAUCAAAGCCAGCCCGGCCGCCCCCCGGCCCCCCACCCCUCUGGGCCGUUCUGCAGGGGGGUGCAAGGUCUGCGCUGCUGGGGACGGUCCCCAGGGGACACGGCGGUGCCACCCAGCCCGGAGCCCAAGGGCUGGGGGCGCUGAGGGACCUCGGGCGCCAGAGGAUGGAGCCGGGGGAGCCUGCGGCCCUGGCGAUGGGGCCGAGGGGCUCCGGGGGUGCUGCGGGAACACGCAGCCCCCCAGCUACGCCCGGGUGCUGGAGGAGCUGUCCCGCGGGCCCCAUCCCCUGCGCCCUGUGGGGAUGUGGAGCCAGGUCCCCAAGACACCCGCAGAAGCUGCCCCGCAGCUCCCAGCGCCGGGGGAGGCAGAGCUGCCGGGGGUGGGGGGCCAGACCCCGCGGGCACCCCGGGCCAGCAGCGCCGCCAAGCCCCGGCGGUGCCUGAAGAAGCCCGAGCGGGUGCCCUCCAUCUACAAGCUGAAGCUGAGGCCCAAGGUGCGUCCCCGGAGGGACCACAGGCCGGGCAAGCGCCCCUCGCGCAUCCCCACCCCACUGGGGCAUCGCCCCCACGCCCCCCGGGGUCAGCACCGACCCCCGGGGACCCCCCGAGCCCCCCAGAGCGGCAGCACCCGCCCCACGGCCACGCCAUCCCUGGGGGACAGCGGCACCUGGCUGACCGAGGAUGAUGAGGAGUCGUGGGUCUGAGCCCACCCCGAGGCUCGGUGGGGACGGACGGAUGGACGGACAGCCGGACGGACCCCUCCCUCCAAGGGUGGGAGCGAUGCUGAAGCUGAAGGCGGAGCUGCAGCGCCCGAGGUUUCCCGGGCAGCACGAUGGGAUUGCUCCCACACAACCCAACCCCGGGGGCUCCACCUCACUUUCAGAGCCGCACCCCCUCCUUCCCAAUGGAUUGUUUCUGUACUGGUGAUCCUGCUAAGCAGGCACAUUUGUACUGGUUUGGGUGGAAAAAUCCAGCCCCAAAUUGAGAGAAUGGGAUGUUUUCUGCAGAAGGGUUUAGCCCCCCUGAAAAGGGGACACCCCAUCCUUGACAUCCAUAAAAAACAUCUCACACCUCAGUGCUCCCCAUCUGCACCAUGGGACCAGUGAGCCUCGUGUCUGACAGCUGCAGGAGCCUCCAUGAGUGCUUGGGUCACUCAGCUGGGGGGGUCACAGGAGGGGACCCUUGCUGACCCCUGUGGUGGCUGUGGUCCCCUCUGGGGUGCCAGAUGUCACCGAGGGUCACAGCAGGCACUGCUGCACCCCAAGCCCCCAGCCAUGCUGUCUGUGCAAUAGAGAUGU